UGGUUUACAUGUACAACUUCCUCCGACUUUCUAAGACCUGUUUUAUGCUAUUCCUUUUUCCGUCUCAUUUCGUCCACCAAACUUUUAACGUUGUGUAUGAACGCACAAAGGUUGCCGACCCCUGAAGUAGAUGGAAGGAUGGAUGUAUUCGGUUUUAGACUUUACAUUUGAAGAAAUAAAAAAGUGCGAGCGUCCCCCUUCUUCCCCUCCCCGCCUGCACGGAGCAGACGCUGGCAGAGGAGGUGGAGAGACUGUCUCCUCUCGGUCGGAUUCUCUAACGCCACGCGGCUUCAACAUGCCUCCCAGGAACACACGGCGGUCUGCGCUCGUCCUGCUGGUCUCCUCGCUGCUUCUCGGCCCCUGCGGGACAGCAGACAUUUGUGACAGCCCACUGGUGUCCAGCCUGCCCCACUGGUCAUUCCGGAGCUCCUCCCAGCUGUCCAGCAGCCAUGGGCCGGUCUACGCUAAGGUCAACAGGAGAGAAGGAGCUGGAGGUUGGUCUCCGUUCACCUCAGACAGACACCAGUGGCUGGAGGUGGACUUUGGUAAGAGGACCCAAAUCGCGGGCGCCGCCACGCAGGGACGCUACGGCAGCUCUGAUUGGCUGACGGCCUACCUGCUGAUGUUUAGUGACACGGGACACAACUGGAGACAACACCGUCAAGAAGACACGUUUGGGGCUGUUCCAGGUAACAGCAACGCCGACACCGUUGUCCAGUACAAACUUGACGAGCCGGUGGUCGCUCGCUUUCUUCGCCUCGUUCCGCUGGCCUGGAACCCGACUGGGAGGAUUGGACUUCGACUAGAAAUAUACGGCUGUCACUAUGCUUCUGAUGUUGCAAACUUUGAUGGCAGCAGCAGCGUGUUGUACAGGCUAAACGCCAGGCCCAGCCCAAUGGCCAUUUCUCUCAAUCUGAAAACCCUGGAGAAUUCUGGGCUGGUGUUCCACGCGGAGGGGAAGGGGGAUCACGGCCUCACUCUGGCGCUGGAAAAUGGCCAGCUGCAGCUCUUUCAGCAACAAGGUGUGAGCUCGUCGCCUGGUGGUCAUCUUUUGGUGACAGUGGGAAGUCUGCUUGACGACCAACACUGGCACCAAGUCAAGCUAGAACGGAUCGGUAACUCCCUCAAACUGUCUGUGGAUAGAAGCACGCAGCAGGUUGUGGUUCCAGCUGAGCUCAGUUCCUGGAACCUUCGCUGGUUGAGUGUCGGAGCGAUGCAUAGUCUGGCCCAGAAGAGUCAGCUCUACAACAAACACUUCCAUGGCUGUAUGGAAAACUUGUCUUACAACGACCUCAACCUGAUUGAUAUUGCUAAACACCACAACCCCCAAGUCACCGUUGUGGGCAAUGUGACUUUUUCUUGUGCCGAGCCAGUUUCAGUGGCAGUAACAUUCACCCACUCGCAAAGCUUCAUGCACUUGCUGGGCCGCACAGCAGGGUCAUCGGGGCCGCUUGUUAUAACUUUACAGUUCCGGACUUGGAAUGAGGAGGGACUACUGCUCACCUUCAACCUUCCCCGGCAGCACAAGGUCCUCUGGCUCUACCUGAGUCAAGCUCGACUCUGCCUGCACAUCAGUGACACUGGAAGGGCUAUUCUCCAGCUCAGCACAGGCUCAGGACUGAGCGAUGGUCAGUGGCAUUCCGUGAAGCUGAGUUGCGGACCAGAUCAUCUUGGCGUCACGGUGGACGAAGAUGAAGAAGCCACAGCCGACUCUGCAGACAUCCCACAUUCCGAGGGCCCAUUUUUCUUCGGGGGCUGUCCUCCGCUGGGUGGGAAUCACAAUUGCAGGAACCCCUUCGGAACCUUCCAGGGAUGCAUGCGCCUCCUGACUCUGGACGAGCAACAUGUGGACUUCCUCACUUUGCAGCAAAGGCGGACGGGAAAUUUUAGCCACCUGCAGAUUGACAUGUGCGACAUUAUUGACAGGUGCUCCCCCAGUCUCUGCGAACAUGGAGGAAAAUGUACUCAAUCGUGGAGCGCCUUCCAUUGUAAAUGCUCCGACACGGGCUACAGAGGGGCCACCUGCCACAGCUCAAAAUACGAGCAGUCAUGUGAGGCAUACAAACAUAAAGGCACCCCGUCGGGACAUUAUUACGUGGAUGUGGACGGCAGUGGACCCAUCAAACCUCAGCUCGUGUAUUGUAACAUGACAGACAGGGCAUGGAUGGUGAUUGACCACAAUAACACAGAGCUGACUGCCCUGGAUUCAUCCUCGGCGGGAAGACGACGUUCCGUCCAAUUCCGCUACGCUUCGGAAGAGGAACAGUUAGCAGCGGUCCUCAGCCAAUCGGAGCAUUGCGAGCAGGAGCUGUAUUACCAUUGUCGGAAGCCCCGCCUCCCCAGCAAACCAGACAGUGCAUCGCUCAGCAGGUGGUUUGGAGGUCAAGGUCCAGGACAAGUCCAGACCCACUGGGACGGAGCUCUGGAGCACAGCCAACUUUGUUCUUGUGGCCUUCACAACAACUGUCUGAGUUCAAAUAUCCAGUGCAACUGCGAUACGGGCAACAAGCAAUGGACUAAGUAUUCAGGUCUCCUCACCCUUAAGGAGACUCUCCCAGUCCGGUCUCUGGUCCUGGGCGGCAUGCAGCCAGGGUUAGAGUCUGCCUACAAAGUGGGACCUCUACGUUGUCAUGGAGACAAAGGUUUUUGGAACGCCGCGCUGUUCGACAAAGAGACAUCCUACCUCCACUUCCCCACCUUUCAAGGGGAGCUGAACGCAGACAUCUCCUUCCUCUUUAAAACCACGUCCUCGUCCGGGGUCUUCCUGGAAAAUCUGGGCAUCAAAGAUUUCAUUCGAAUUGAACUGCGCUCUCCAUUUGAGGUCCUCUUCUCUUUCGACGUGGGCAACGGCCCGCUGGAGGUCAGCGUGAAAACCAGCGCGGCCCUCAACGACGACCGCUGGCACGCCGUCCGAGCCGAGCGCAACGUAAAGGAGGCCUCGCUCCACGUGGACGACCUCCCUGCCGCCGCGCAGGAGGCGCCGUCCGACGGCCAGAUCCAUCUACAGCUCAACAGCCAGCUCUUUGUAGGCGGCACAGCAUCCAGACAAAAAGGCUUUUUGGGAUGCAUGCGCUCUCUGCAGCUCAACGGCGUCGUUCUCGACCUGGAGGAGAGGGCCCGGAUCACCCCGGGGGUCCAGCCUGGAUGUCCGGGUCACUGCAGCAGCUAUGAGUUCCUCUGUCGGAACCAGGGUCGGUGCGUGGAGGAGGACAGCGGCUUCUCUUGCGACUGUCGUCGGUCAUCCUACAUUGGAGCCUUCUGCCACGAAGAGGUCUCGGCCUACUUCAAGUCCACCACAUCCAUAAUCCUCAAGGAGCACGGUGAGCUGAGCCCAAACCACAGUGCCUUGCCUCCAUCCAUCUUCUCCGACAUAACGUCGAAAGGAGAGAACGUCACCCUGAAAUUCAGGACCACGCAGAGCCCCGCUCUGCUGCUCUUCGUCGACUCGUUCCACCGAGAAUACCUGGCCCUGCUCAUCAACGAACAUGGUGCACUGGAGUUGAGGUACAAGUUGCACAGCAGCAGAGAUGCAGAAGUUCUGGCAAGCAGUGUCAAGAACCUGGCAGACGGACGCCUGCACUCAGCGGCCGUCAGGAGGCGGGCAGAAUACGUCUCCAUCCAGGUUGACGAGAAUCCCAGAGAGAGCUUCCUCUUGACAUCCGAUGAGGACUUCGACGGCAUCAAAGGGAUUAUUGUGGGUCGGGUACACGAUGCUGAUAUGGCUGACACGGAGCUGUCAAGAUUGGCCUCCCUUGGCUUCACCGGUUGUCUAUCAGCGGUCGAGUUCAACUCCAUCAGUCCGCUGAAAGCAGCUCUACUCCAGCCUGGCAGCCAUGUGACCGUCACUGGUGUGCUGACACAGGCCGACUGUGGCUCUCCCCUCCUUGCUGAUCCCCAAUCGUCAGAAACAACACAUUCUUUACCAGAAACACCCGCCUCGCUGGAUCCGAGUCAACCAUUGGUCAACACCGUGAAGACUGACUCCGCCUUAAUUGGAGGGGUGAUAGCGUUGGUGGUUUUCGUCACGUUAUCGGUGUUGGCCGUCAUCGCCAGACUGGCCUGCAGCCGACGCGAGACUUACCCACACCCAAGCAUGAAAGCAGCACAGCCCGACAUCACCGAUGCUCACCGGAGCGAAGAGACGGUAUACCAGAGCCCUGCGAAUGCCAACCAAAAGGAGUUUUUCAUAUAGACUAGAGUCAUGGACUUCAUGACCGAGUGAUCCUCGACUCUGGUGUGGGCUUUAAUGAGCCGAGUGGUCGUUCGUCUUGAUUUGUAAAUAUUGUACGCUUUGCACAAACGACGAGUCGGAAGCGAUCAAUUAAAGUGGAAUGCCGAACUGUCGGAGUCGGAGUGGAUCUUUAUCAAAUAUAAAUAAUUGCAUCGGAGUGAUCUUUACAAUACUCUUGUCGAAAUGAAUCAUUAAAAUGCUAAUCUUAAAGGGGAACUGCACUUUGAAAUCUUGCCUAUUGUUCACAAUUAUUAUCAAAGACAUAACAGAGCUUGGUCCGCAUUGCUGGCAGUAAGUCGGACCCGUUUCCAGUGAGGGUUGGACUCCGCCAAGGCUGUCCUUUGUCACCCAUUCUGUCCAUAACUUUUAUGGACAGAAUUUCUAGGCUCAGUCCAGGCCUUGAGGGGAUCUGGUUUGGUGGCUGCAGGAUUAUGUCUCUGCUUUUUGCAGAUGAUGUGGUCCUGAUGGCUUCAUCUGGCCGGGAUCUUCAGCUCUCACUGGAUCGGUUCUUAGCAGAGUAUGAAGCGACUUGGAUGGGAAUCAGCACCUCCAAGUCCGAGUCCAUGGUUCUCGCCCGGAAUAGGGUGGAGUGCCAUCUCCGGGUUGGGGAGGAGACCCUGCCCCAAGUGGAGGAGUUCAGGUACCUGGGAGUCUUGUUCACGAGUGAGGGAAGAGUGGAUGGUGAGAUCGACAGGCGGAUCGGUGCGGCGUCUUCAGUAAUGCGGACGCUGUAUCGAUCCGUUGUGGUGAAGAAGGAGCUGAGCCGGAAGGCAAAGCUCUCAAUUUACCGGUCGAUCUACGUUCCCAUCCUCACCUAUGGUCAUGACCAAAAGAGACAAGAUCACGGGUACAAAAUGAGUUUCCUCCGCCAGGUGGCGGGUCUCUCCCUUAGAGAUAGGGUGAGAAGUUCUGUCAUCCGGGAGGAACUCAAAGUAAAGCCGCUGCUCCUCCACAUGGACAGGAGCCAGAUGAGGUGGUUAGGGCAUCUGGUCAGGAUGCUACCUGAACGCUUCCCUAGGGAGGUGGUUAGGGCGUGUACGACUGGCAGGAAGACAAAGGGAAGACCCAGGACACGUUGAGAAGACUAUGUCUCCCGGCUGGCCUGGGAACUCCUCGGGAUCCCUCGGGAAGAGCUGGACGAAGUGGAUAGGGAGAAGGAAGUCUGGGCUUCCCUGCUUAGGCUGCUGCCCCCGCGACCUGACCUCAGAUAAGCGGAAAAAGAUGGAUAAAUGGAUGGAUAAAAAUAAAUUCAUCCAUCGUCAUGUAAAGAAAAAAGUGCAGUUCCCCUUUAAAGCAUCCAUUAUUCUGUUAUUGUUCACAACACAAAAGUUAAGACAAUGAAAGUUGGUUGACAUCUACCUGUCGACGUUUUUUGUAUUGAUUUAAUUUUUUUCCAUGACGACAACAAUGUUUCAAUGACGUUCUUAAUAAAUUUGCUUGGAAAAUGUAAACAA